UCUCCGAAAUAGUUUUUGAUUUUUUUGUGCUGAAAAAUAAAUAACUUGUUUGUUAGAGAAAGUGGCCUAAAUUCUGGUUUAGAGUUUGGUUAAACCUUUUUUCCCGACAAAUUAGCAGCAUCUUCCAGUGAUGACCUUCGUUUAUGAGCCAUCAUCAUCUUAAGCUUCCGCCCUACCAGAAGAGACGAGGCCAUGCGAGUAGUUUGAGCGGCAAGAAGCAACCGGUGCUGGGACUUGGGAUGUCUGGCGAUCAGCCGUACCCGGUGUUCCCGGAGGGGGUUCAACCGCUGGAGAACCAGGUGGCGGGCCACACGUUUGAGCAGGGAACCGACAUUCUUGGCCUGCUCAAGAACCUGGACGAUGGCAGUAUACUUAAACCGGCGGGCAAGGUGCUGUGUGGCGUGCGGGAGAUCAAGUUCUACGAAACGAUCCAGGCGGCCACGACGGAGAAAGAUUUGGUCCCGUUGAAGGAGUUCAUUCCCGGGUACAAGGGUCACCUCAAGCUGCCCAUUGACGGCAAGCCGGUGGAGUUUAUCAAGCUGACGGAUUUGACCCACGGCAUGCUGGAACCGUGCAUCAUGGACGUGAAGAUCGGCUGCCGCACCUGGGACCCGUUGGCCACGCCGGAGAAGCGAAAGGCCGAGGAGUCCAAGUAUCAGGCGUGCAAGCGCAACCUGGGCAUGUGCAUUCCGGGCUUCCAGGUGUACUCGAUCGUCAACGGGCGACGGAUGCGGUACGGCAAGGAGUACGGAAAGAAGCUGACCGAGGUCACCGUGAAGGAUGCAUUCCGCAAGUUUCUGAACGCCGACAGCGGCCUCUGCCGGCAGCUGCUGAUGCAGUUCCUGUCCGACUUGUGGAACAUCCAGAAGUGGGCGCGAACGCAAACGACGUACCGGCUGUACUCGAGCUCGGUUUUGCUCGUGUACGACGCCCGCCGGCUCAAGCCAGUAUUGCAGUAUCAAACCAAAAGUCUGAACAGUUCCAGCUCGAAGCUGAACAACAGUAGUGGCAACCUUAGCGGCACUUCGCCGGCGCCCAGCAGCGGCUCCAGCAGUCGUCCAAGCUCCCCGACGCAGGUCGUUCCGGCCGGCACCGACUCCGGGGUCGAACCCCUGCAGCACUACUACAAAAUCCAACGAAGCCAUUCGACGAUGAACAACUACGAAGAGGACAUGAAGGCCAUGCGCGAAAAUUACGUCUUCAUGCGGGACAAUCUAGUCGGGUCGUACGAGAGCAAAGUGUGGGCCAGCGCUCGUAUGAUCGAUUUCGCCCAUGCCUUUCCGGCCGAGGAGCCCGGCACGAUCGACACCAACUACUUGCAGGGAAUUGAGAGCUUGGUGCGCAUCUUCGAGGAAUUCCUCAAGGAGUGCGAGGCGGAAAACGCACCGAAACAGGGUGUAGCUUAAGCUAGAGAGAUCACAUCAUGAUUCCAGUGUAUUGUUGUAUUUAUUAGUCUUGCUCGUGACCGCGAACCAUGCACAACCCAGAUGCAUUUACCAAAAUUGCAUCAAAAGCUAAAUAAUUUUAAAUAACAAAGAAAUGUCCGCUAAGCCGGUCGCGUCGAAUGUGUCAUUAUUUGUUAGGCGUUACUUAAUACACUUUAGAACCAUUUUUCUUUCCCGGCCUUUCUUUACAAAAUUUCGGGAAGGAAAAGAGCGCGCGUGUGUCCGGAGGAGGAAGGCCAUCGUUUACACACAAAGAUAUCUAGACCCGGCUGCGGGACGUAAUACGCUUAAGUUAACUCUUAACUCUAGGACGUAAGUGCCACUUUGAGGACAUUAUUGUAUGGCGAGAAUUACAUUAUUAAACAUUAUAAAUAUGCGGCGCAGAAGUUUACCCC